AUGGCGCGCCGCGCAAAGCUCUCUACUGGAAGGGACGAGGAUGUGGAGGUCCAAGCAAAUGCCGAACCUACGCUACAAAGGCACGAACGCGCUGAUGAGGCUCGACACAAUAAUGGCAAAGCAAAGAAUAUGGCGCCUCCUCAAAUGCCCACACCAAGCUCAGCGAAUGAUAACACGUCGCGGUCCAGCAAAAAACGCAAACUCGGAGAACGCAAUGCACCCAACGCGAGUCAAACGGUGCACGAAAGAGAGCUGGCUGAGGUGGGAGACCGACGGUUUUACGACCCAGAUCAAAGCAUGGACGAGAGGCGCGCGGUGCGUAAGGAUUUUAGGGACCUAUCCAGAGAGUUGACAGAUUCACGCGCCGAGUACCUUGCACCUGGCUCCGAUGGUCUCCUCAGAACUCUUCAUAGGGCAAACGAUCUUUUCGGAUCAGUCAAGCAAACAUCAGACGCCACCUUGGAUUCGCGACUGCUCGUGUCAACCGCGGACCUUUCAGCCAAGAGGACAACGCAACUCAAUCUUGGCGACGCAACCACCGGGAUCGACGUUGAUGACUUUGUGGGGAAGUGUAUCACCUACAUGCGGCGUGGUCCAAGUGAUACGGGUGAAGGUUCGACUGUAAGAGGAAGACGAGGACAAGACGAUAGCGAUGACGACGCGGAUGCUAGAGAGGGGUACGACGAAGGAGAUGCAUUCAACUGGGAGUGGCUGGGUCGUCGAGCUUGUUUUCCCAACAACGUCCGCCCGCCCGUACCUGGGUUCUUACUCGGCCCGCUGUCUGUUCAAAAAAGAGCGCGUAAAGCCACACAACGCCGCGAGCGCUUUCAAAAACGAGAUCCCAAAGACGCUGUACGCCCGGAGGAGCUGAAGGCUCAAGAUCUACAACAAGCCGAAAACUCAAAUCUCACCACGUUGUGCAAGAACAUCCGAGAGCUCUUGGUCCACACAAUGGUGACUGGACAAGCAAAAGUAGAGGAGGAGUUUAUGAAGAUGACGAGCGAGGAUAUUUCGGAUGAAGAGAUCAGGGCAGUGAUGCUCAAACAUGGAAUCGCCGAUGACGAGGGUGUUCCUCUGUUUCACUUCGUUGUGAACCCGAAAUCUUUUGGUCAAACAGUGGAGAAUUUGUUCUACGUGAGCUUUCUGAUCAAAGAUGGUACGGCUGGGUUUGGCAACGAUUCUAAUAUGCUACCGACUCUCCACGCGACUGUCGCACGUUCACCUCAGCAAAUUCAAGACGAGAAUAUCUCGAAACAUCAAGCUGUUUUCCAUCUGGAUUACGAAACGUGGGAAGACAUCAUCGAAGCUUUCGAUAUCAAAGAGAGCAUCAUUCCUCAUCGUCAGUCAGAUGAGGUUGCCCAAGUCAGUGCUUCCGGCUGGUAUGGAUAA